AUGGCUGAAAACCAAGAAGAAGUCAUGUGGCCAAGAUUAGUAGCUAACAAGAUCCUUGGAAAGAGAUUGGGGAGCAACAACUUCGUGGCAGAUUUUCCAAGCAACGUCGAAGAAGCCAGCAGCUUGCUGGAUAUUUCAACCUUAGGUCGACGAUCUUUGAGCGAUAACAGCAUCCUCAAUCAGCACAACUUCGGAAACUACAAGGUUUUCGUCAGCACAUGGAAUGUUGGGGGGAUUGCACCACGGGAAGAUUUGGACAUUGCCGAUUGGCUAGAUACUCCCAAUAAUAUCUGCGACAUAUACGUUUUUGGGUUUCAAGAAAUUGUACCUCUAAGAGCAUCAAAUGUUCUAGGUUCUGAGAAUAGUAAGAUUUCAAAGAAAUGGAAUUCAUUGCUUAGAGAAGCAUUGAACAAGAAGAUCCAGUAUUGCCUAGAAAAACGGCAAUACGAUAAUAUUAAACAAAGAAGAAAGCAGAAAACCUCUUUUAUUGAAGAUGAAAAGGCAAUAUUCGAAAGCAGCAUUCCUGAAGACUUCCGGUGUGUCAUUAGUAAGCAGAUGGUCGGGAUAUUAAUAUCAGUUUGGAUUCGAAGUGAUCUCCGUCCUUAUGUCCGGCAUCCUAGUGUUUCUUGUGUAGGCUGUGGCAUCAUGGGUUGCCUAGGAAACAAGGGAUCUGUGUCCGUUAGAUUUCUGUUACAUGAAACAAGCUUCUGCUUUGUGUGCAGUCAUCUAGCUUCAGGAGGUAGAGAGGGUGAUGAAAAACAUAGAAACUCUAACUUAGCCGAAAUAAUUUCCCGAACAAGCUUCCCUGUGGGCCCUUCGCUUGAUUUGCCGCGAAAGAUUCUAUAUCAUGACCGGGUAAUUUUGCUUGGAGAUUUGAACUAUAGAAUUUCUCUACCAGAAGCAACGACUCGAUCAUUGGUGGAUAAAAAAGAAUGGCAUGCCUUGCUAGACAAUGAUCAGUUAGGGAAGGAGCUCAUGGAUGGUCAAGUAUUCGAAGGUUGGCAUGAAGGAAUUAUCAAAUUUGCUCCUACUUACAAAUAUUGCCUGAAUUCAAAUGUAUAUUUUGGAUGUGUUAAAGGCCAAAAAGGUGGAAAGUGGCGCUCCCCAGCAUGGUGCGAUCGGAUCAUUUGGUACGGAGAGGGACUAAAGCAACAUUUGUAUACUAGAGGAGAAUCAAACUUGUCUGAUCAUAGACCAGUCAAGGCAAUAUUUACUGCAGAAGUUCAGGUUUCAAGCACAUUAAAAGGACUUCAAAAAUUCUUCCUAUCAGAGAGGUUUGAUCCAAUGACACCCACAUUUGAUCAGGAUGCUAUCAUCCGAUAA